AUUCGUUUCAUCAUUUCAAUAUUUUGUUUAAACUGUAAAAUACACUUUUUAAUUUAAUCGAAAAUUACAUUUUACAGAAAUAAAAAAAAAGUUCAUGCAACACUGCCCACAACAACUACCUAUCUCUACUACAAAUGCGACUUUCUAGAACAUCUCAUCUUCGAAUUCCUAAGUAGAUAAACUCCUUCAAAAGGACUUUACUUGUUUGUCAAUGUAAGCGAUGAAAAACGCUACAAAAAGAGAAUGAAUCGAACAACUUGAUAAGGCUUAUUAAUUAAAUCUCCAUUAUUUUUUUGACGCUUACAUCAGUGUGUAUUUAAACAAAAAUUAAAGCGGGUCUUACAAAAUAAUCUAAAACAAAUUAUGCCAAUUGUUAUAAAACAUUUAUUUUAUUCAUUCAUAUAUUUAUUUUCUAUACUAAAUGGUCAAAAUCAGAGUCAGUCUUAUUCUUUACGAUUAUUUAUUUUAAUACCUUUUGAUGGUUGUCUAUCACCAAGUGGAUUAUUUAAUUUCACCGCCAGUAUUCAAGAUUCAAUCAAUUUAAAUUCACAAACAACAAUUAAUUGGGCAUUGAACAAUAAUAUUAUCAAUAAUAGUAUUGAACAGUAUUUAAUUCCUCUGUCAGAAUGUAAAUUAACCAAUUCAACAUUUAAUACUCUAUUGACAACACAUUCUAAAGCUCAACAACUUGCUGAUACAAUAAAUUUAAGUAAUAUUUAUUAUCAUGUCAUUGUAGGACCUUAUGAUCUUGGUUUAUGCGAUCAAAUGAAUCAGCUAGUAUUGAUACCAUAUAUGGAUUGUAUGAAACCGCGUAGUACUUAUGUUUAUCAUACAAGCUUUCAAUGUCCUCCAAGACAGAUAACCUACCAGUCGAAUUUACUGCCUAGUACAACUAUGAAUUGUUUGAAUACAACAAAUCGGAAUUAUCAAGAUUUUACAAAUAUUGCAAGUUUACAUAUCGGUGCUAGUAAAUAUCAAGUAUCGUUGGCUUUAGUAAAAAUUUUAAAACACUUAAAUCGACUGGAUGUUUUAAUCGUUUAUCAAGAUGAUGACGAUAUAAACGAUCAGUCGGGAGUAUUUGCUAAUUAUUUAGCCUAUUUAAUGACCCAGGCUGGGGAUUCUAGGAUUACGAUUAAAGAAAUCAAUGGUUGGCAUGUAGGUAAAAACGUUUCAAGUGUAAUACGCAUAGGAAGUGUAAAUAUUUCGGUUUGUAUUGUAAUCGCCCAACUGGCAGUCUAUUCGAAUUUCCUCAAUGAUAUUUAUCAAUGGAAUCCAAGUAUACUGAAAACAAUCAUGUUUAUAGCCUAUGAUAUGACUUUAUUCUCAUAUGAUGUACUCAAAGUAUGGAGAAGUUAUGCUGCACAGAAUGAUGUCAACUCGAUAAUGAGUUCUGCAUUUGUGCUCACUUCACAUCCGUAUGGAUCUAAGCUACAAUUAACUGAUGAUUAUUUAAACCAGAAAGAUUAUUUAGCAAUGAAAUUAACUUUGGGCAUGGCAAUACGCAAUUUUAAACAUCAUGUACAACAACAAUUACAGAAGACCAGUGUUGUACAAGGAAGUGAUGGAUUCUACGCAUCAUUGAAGAAUACAACACUGAGAAUUCCAGUUAGAUCAGAUUUAAGCUUGGCGGUUACAUUUAAUGAAUAUCCUGAACAAAGUCAAGCUGCUUUAGACUUCUAUCUGAUUAAUACGUAUACAUGUGAUGGUAAUAGUAUAAAUGCCACUUCUGCUACUACUACAACAUGCAUCCAAGUGUAUUCUUCUAUGAUAUGGCCAGAUUAUAAUGUCAGUACUACGCUUUUGAUGAGCACUUGGCAGUUGGCUGCAAGUUUACAACAAGGUUCAAAUAUUUCAGAAUGUGUACCAAAUAAUGGGAUCGUAAUGGCACUCAUAUUCAUGUCGGUAUUGACUGCUGUAAUCGCCUUUUCAUUAAUUGCAUUCUUUUUAGCCAGAUGUUACCGUCGACGAAAAAUGUAUCGUGAAGGACCGAAUAAAUUAAUUAUUUAUCCAGACGAUGUUGUAUUUAUGAAAGCUAAUAGAGCAGUUAAGCAUGCAACACCUAGUAAUGUUGAUUUACGCUUUCCAACAUUGAAUAGUGAGACAAAAAUAAAUGGUUCUCAUGCCAGUCAUACUAAUCAAGCCAAGCUAGACAACCAGAACAAAUCUUUAGUCUCUGUAAUGAGUGGUGAAGGAAUUGAGGAUACAAAUGUUGCACGAUAUAAUAAUGGUUUAAUUUACAUCAAAAAAUUGGAUUUGAACAAUGCUGCCUUGAAGAGUAAAUUUCUAGAUCAUAUUCGUUUGUUAAGAGAGAUACGCAAUGAAAAUGUCAACCAGUUGAUUGGUUGUUAUGUUGAUCUGACAGCUUUAUGUUUGGCAUUUGAUCAUUGUACACGAGGAAGUUUAAGAGAUAUAAUAAAGAAAGAAUCAAUAAACUUGGAUUGGGAGUUUAAACUUUCACUAGUGACUGAUGUAGUCAAAGGUAUGAGAUAUGUACAUUCAAGUCCACUUAAAAAGCAUGGUUGGCUGAAAUCUACAAAUUGUUGUGUCGAUGGUAGAUGGGUUGUAAAAAUUACAGACUAUGGAUUACCUGAUAUCUAUAGUAUAUAUGGCACAAAUAGAAAGAUAAAAGAUGAAGAAUUACUAUGGACUGCACCAGAACAUUUACGUGAAGAGAACAAUGUACAUUUUGGUAGUCAAAAAGGUGAUGUCUACUCAUUCGCUAUUGUAAUGCAAGAAAUUAUAACACGUGAUGAACCCUAUGGAAUGCUUGGAUUAAGUCCAAAAGAGAUAUUGAGUAAAGUUCGUAAACCCCCACCGUUGUGUAGACCAAAAGUAUCACAGUCUGAAGCUCCACCAGCGUACAUAGAAUUUAUGAAACGUGCAUGGGCAGAGAGUCCUGUAAUGAGACCGACAUUUGAAGAAAUUUAUCAACAGUUUAGACUACUCAAUCAAGGAAGAAAAAUUAAUAUAGUCGAUCAUAUGUUCAAAAUGAUGGAAAAGUAUUCAGCCGAUUUAGAAGAUCAAGUGCGAGUACGUACAGAAGAAUUAGAGACUGAGAAAAAGAAGACUGAACUCCUAAUCGCAAGAAUGCUUCCUCCAGUUGUCGCCGAAACACUGAUGUCUGGAAAAGCUGUUUGUCCAGAGGCAUUCGAUGAAGUGACAAUAUACUUCAGUGAUAUUGUUGGCUUUACGACAAUCUCUGCAUUGUCGACACCUUUUCAAGUUGUCGAUCUGUUGAAUGAUCUUUAUACAAUGUUUGAUGCAACUAUUGAUUAUUAUGACGUAUAUAAGGUUGAAACUAUUGGUGAUGCAUACAUGGUGGUUUCCGGCUUGCCUGUACGUAAUGGUCGAUUACAUGCAGGUGAAAUAGCAACUAUGGCGCUAGACUUAUUAAGCCAGUGUGGAACAUUUGUUAUUCGUCAUAUGCCUGAUGUACCGCUUAGAUUACGUAUUGGAUUACAUUCAGGUUCAUGCGUCGCUGGAGUAGUUGGCCUGACGAUGCCACGUUACUGUCUGUUCGGAGAUACAGUGAAUACUGCAUCAAGAAUGGAAUCAACUGGAUCUGCUUUCCGUAUCCAUGUCAGCCCAACAACAAAAUCUAUUCUGGAUAUUUUGGGUGGUUAUCAUUUGCAGUUACGUGGUAAAGUUGAACUGAAAGGCAAAGGUUUAGUUGAUUCAUUUUGGUUAAUUGGGAAGGACAACUUCAAUAAACCACUACCUGAUCCACCCCCACUGACAGAAGGUGAUAAUCAUGGACUGGCCUCAUUACUUAAACCAGAAAAACUAAAGGCCAUGGCAGAAAAAAAUCUGGCAGGUGACACUCACAACAUAGAAGCACAACAUGCUGGUACUGAUAUAAUCCAACCAGAAGAACAAUCAAGUAAUAUAACCUCACCUAAGCGAAAAUCAAGUAACUUCUCAGUACAUUUUACUGGAGAACACUCUGACCAACAGGGAUUAACUUCACAGGAUAAUACUCGUAACAAGCCUGAUGUUUCACGUCGUCGAUCAAAUAAAGGUCCAUUGCCUCCAGUUGAUUAAUACGUAAUAUGCUGGUCUGAAGGAGCAACACCUUUACAUUGUCAACACAUUUAAUACUAUUUCAUCAUGUGACCUCAUCGCUUAACUCCAAAUUUUAUAUUCAAAAAAAACCAACAUUAUGCACAAAUUCGUAGAUUAACAUAAUGCAUUUCAGAGAUAUUUUCUAUAAGGUCUAAGGGGAUAAUUCGAAACAAUAUUCAGUGUCUGACAUUCAAUUGUUGCUUUGUAUAAUUUCUGUUUCACUAAUAAAUUAGUAGUUUUACCGUUUACUACUUAUAAAUCUAUUAAGUAAUAUCAUGUAAUUUUCGUUCCUUUUAAAACAAAAAUCAUUUUCAGAAGUUUUUGGGAAACUUUCAUUGUAUGUUUUCGAAUUGACUAGCACAUAAUAUUCUUUCUUUUUGUUAAUAUACAAAACAUUCCAUUUCUUAAACUGUUAGUUUCAAUUUCCAAACCAAUGAAAUGAAAACGCCAACUUUUAACGCUUUUAAAUGAUAAGCAAAAUGUUGUAGUACAUUUUUGACCGCAUAUCAUUUCAUAGUUUGUGGAAUAUUUAAUGAAUGUCAGGAAUAUCAAGAAUUUGUAUUUAGUCCAAAUUUGAUUUGAGCGCAUUCACACUCGCUGUUUCAAAUAUGCCAAAAUGAAUUAAUAUUCAUAGUGUAAACAAAUGCC